AUGGCAUCUAUUUUAAAGCACGAUACCGUAAGCAAGGGAUGUUAUUAUGUGAAACCUCGUAGAAAGGAAGAAAAACAGCCUUUGCAAGUAGACGAUUUGUUUGUUCCUCUAAUCGGAAAUCAAGAACCUAUGGAAUGGGUGAAUUUACGAAGGGAACUUUGUCGGAAUGUUAUGGAAGAAUUAAAUCAUAUUGUGCAUCAAGCGACUUCUGAAAGCAAUGCAAAAGUGAUUCAACAGUUAACGGAGCAUGCGCUAAAGAGUACUUCAGAUGGAAAAAAACUGAAAGCCGCAAUUCUGUGCGACGGUAGCAGAAAUACGUUUCAUCUCCGAUUUUUUGAGCAGUUAAAGGAAAGGCUUUAUCAGCUGGGUUCGAAACGGUUUGUUGUGCUGGAUCUGAAGAACUGCACUGACCUAAAAUCCUGUUUUCGACAAAUUAAAGGUGGCUCGUUUGGCCUUGGAAUUUUAUCUUAUGAUAUGGAAGAAUUGGGAGAAAGUAUUACUUUGAUCUUACAAAACGUUGAGGAUUGUGAUCGGCGAUUGCUAAGCGCAUUAAUGGAGGCACUGAAUAUGAUCUCGCAAAAGUCCGAGGAGCACCAGGUGUAUUUAAUAUUUAAUCUAAAGAUACCGCUGGAACUUUUCGAUGCAUCUCUGGAUGCUACGUUUUUUAGGCAUGUGGAGCCGGAGGUAUUUAACAUGAAAGCGACGACGGAGAUUUUAGAAAGUAUGUUUACUCUUAUCGACGAGAACCUUAGUUUGAAAUUUGGAUGGAGAAGUAGAAAACUCUUUCGUUCGAUGUUUUAUGAAAGAUCGUGGAGUGUUGAAAAAGUAGUUAAUUGCUUGCGCUAUGGUAUACUUACACAUUUCUAUGGAAAUGCUCUUAGCCCUUUACCCUAUAUAAUUGAAAGUAAUCAAAUGGAAAAGAUUUCGCGCUUUUACUUGUCUGUGUUACGAACUGUGCCGAGCUUUCAGCACGGAAUUGAACAGAUGCUACGGGAUGUAGGGACAAGUACAAAGGAGUACAUUCAGGAUCUGUUGGAAAAUGAUGAAGUAUUUUUAAGGUAUAUAAAAAGCAACUUUGAUGGCCUGGCAAGAAGAGAAAGAUUUCUGCGAGAGCAUGUAAAAUGCUGGCAAACGUUGGAAGCUCAUAUGGAGCGGUCGACAAAGGUGGCAUUUGGAGAGUAUAUGGAAAUGUUCCUAGAAGGUCUGUGGCUGGAAAGUGAAGAAUAUCAAAAUCUACGGAAAGAUAUGUUGCGAUUGAAUUCUCGGCAAGCGUUUCGUUGCAUGGAACACCUGAUGAAGCAUGUAUUUUCUGGGAUGCGCAUGAAUAAAAGCCAUGAACUUGCAGAGGAGCUCGAACAACUUGUGAAUGGAUCGAAAGGCAAGUAUUUAGAGACGGUGGAAAUGCGAAUGAAGAAUUAUAGCGGAACAGAACAUACACGAAAAGUGAUGGAAACUGGAUUUGACAAAAGCAUUCUCCGGUACUCGAGAUGGCUGAAAGAACUAGUACAAUUGUUGGAUGAAGAAAUUGAAGAGGGAAGAUUGGGAAUGCAAGGGAUUGAUGCGUAUCCGUUUUAUGAGAUUUUCUUUUUCGAUUACCGACGCCCACUAGAACAAGGAUUUUUGUCUGGACACCAAAGAAGCGUCAUCCAUAGCUCGUGUAUGAACCCAGAGUAUUACAUUGGAAUGCAGAGGAAUGAAGGGAGCUCGAAAGAAGGUCAAAGUCAAAGUGAGAGUCGAUCAUGGGUACCGGAUUUAUCGAUUCUGUACAAGCUGUAUAGUGAAUCAGGAGCAUUUUUAAACCUGUAUGAUUGGUACAUGGCAUUUUCGGAGAACUUGCAAGUAUCGUCUACGGAAGAGCAGUGGCAGAUGAAGCCGGGGUUGAAAAAGCGCAAAGUCGCAGGGGAGGAGGAGCCAAAAGGAGAAAGUGGGAGGGAGAGCAGUGAGAGCGAGAGAGAAAACGAGGCGGAUUUGGAGAAGAGUAUUGAUAUGGAUGAGAAAGCAAGCAUGGAGAAUGUGGAAUUACAAUCUCGGUUUUUAUUUGGACUUGAAGAAUUGCGAUUUUUAGGGUUGAUUAAGCCGACAACACGCAAGACUGACCAUGUGAUGAAGACGAUUUAUCAUCAUUAA